AUGACUGCCAAAAAGAAACAUGGACCAAAUAUGGUGUCACCGGUUGGAUCGGUGGGAGCGGCGACGACACAUAAUCAAGGCCCAACAGACUAUGUCGAGAUACAGCAAAAUGAAGUUGCCGUCUUGCAGUCGAUUUACAUGGAGGACUUUCAGGAGGCUCAGGUUAAGGCAGCUGCAUGGAGUAAAUCCCCAGAUAUUGCUUUCAGACUACGGCUGAAGGCACAUGCCGAUCCAGAAAUCACGACAACACUCUUUGUGCAGCUUCCUACAACAUAUCCGAAGACACUGCCUUUACUCAGACUAGAACAUUACAACUGUGGUAACACAAAAGUUCUUGAAAGGGUGAAAGAGGUACUUGAAUCUAAGCCGAAAGAAUUACUCGGAAAUGAGAUGAUAUAUGAGAUAGCUUCCCUUGUUCAAGAUAUUCUGGAAGACGCUGCGACGGUCAAAGCGGAGAAAGAGGGCUUGCCGAGUCUCCAGGCUGAAAGGGUACUCCAACGCAACAAUCUGGAACAGGAGCUGAAGCAGCAAGAGGAGGGACGGAAGCGACAAGAGGAGGAAGCAGUCGCUGAAGAGGACAGCUACCUUGUGGAACAAAUCAGCAGAGAAAUCAACAAACGAGAAAUCAAAACACGGGCAGCGGAAAAGAACCACGCUACCAGACGAGGCAGUAGGAUUGCUACAGAAGAGUCUGCUACAUCGUCUCCCAUGAUAUCGACGCUAGCAUUUCCUCGUACUAUGAAAAUGACUGACAAAGGAGGCAACCUGAUGACCUUCUCCAGCGUCACCUGCCUUCCACCACUGCUUUCCAGCCCUACGAAGCGGCUGUCACUCGCGAUGCCACAAGCAGGAAACAGUUUUAACCUACCGAUAAUCAUCGUGAAACAUAUCUAUCUCCACGAAGACCCUUCUGAAAGCAUUUCUUUUCGUCGCAAGAUGACCGAGGUUGAAGAGCUUCUCAAAGAGAUGGCUAGAGUUCGACAUCCUAAUGUUGUAGAUCUGCUCGGGUUCAAAGUGGAGCGACACCUGAAUGAUUCAGAUGGUGGCGUUGCUUCAGCAGCGGAAUGGGAAGUCUCGAUAUUGACAGAAUAUACCCAGCGAGGCUCACUAUCCGAUGUGUUAGAGGCUUCCGGCAAUGUUGAAGCACGUUUUAUUCGCUCCUACACAAAGCAGAUUUUGGACGCGCUUGAAUUUUUCGAUCAACACGGUUACGUGCAUCCUACUAUCUCACUCAACAACAUACUAUUCUUCCCUUCGAUCACAGGUAAACCUACCAUCAAAAUUUCGGACGGUUACGGUCUUGCCAUGAAGGACAUGAUCCUCAAGUCGCGCGCGAGGGCGAACUUCACAUCUUCUGAGCUACCGCAGUGGACUGCUCCUGAACUGAAUGAUAAAGUCCCCAGAAGGAGCAACAAGACCUGCAUCUGGGAGCUUGGCAGGGUUAUUCUGGAGAUGGUGCAUGGGAAGCGAGUCGUGGAAGAUUAUACUUCACCACAAAACUACUUGAAGGAGAAUGAGGAAUAUCACAACGAUACUUUCAAGGCGUUUUUGGUCGACAUCUUCCAACUAGACGUCAAGAGACGGUCUAAGGCUUUCGAGUUGCGUUCUUUCCAGAUGAUGCAGGAAGAAGGGGCGAAGCCUCUGUUUAGAUCAGGUACCUCAAUCGAGUCAGCCACGGCUCGUAGAAGUGAAGAGGUCUCUACUUUGGCCUUGGUGCCAUCGCGCUUCAAACACGAUUUCGAGGAUGACCUAAGCGUUCUUGGCAAAGGAGGCUAUGGUAAAGUUUUCAAAGCGAAGCAUAGACUCGACGGACGUUUCUAUGCCGUGAAGGAAGUAGUGUCCGAUUCUCCAGAAGAACUACGAGAGAUUCUGAGGGAAACGAUCCUUCUCUCCCGCCUCAACCAUCCAUAUGUUGUCCGCUACUUUAGCGCAUGGAUGGAAACAGAAGGUUCUACUUCCCUUGGAGUUCGACCGAGCAACAGGUCAAGCAAUUCUAGCGAUGGUAGCGAUGCGAAAGGCCCAUCUGUAUCCCCAGACAUUCAAGACGAUAUUCUCGAUUUCAGCAUACCCCAUGAUAUGAUGUCAACCAGCGGAUUUAAAGACAUUGUGUUUGGCUUCGACUCUGAUGAAGUCGAAGAGGCUGGAAACACUGAGUCCAGCAAUACUUCUGAUUCAAAAACGAUAUCGUCUUCUGCAGACGACUCGGAAAGCCAAGGAAGGCAUGGGAAGCGGAUGAGCCAGCAAACCCAAGGACCUGCCGCAGUAGAUCCCGUCCGAACGAAGCUCUACAUCCAAAUGGAAUUCUGCGAGAACCGUACGCUAAGACACCUCAUUAAUGAUAGUAGCUUGAGCAGCGUUGACGAAGGAUGGCGUAUCUUCCGGCAGGUACUUGACGGACUUUCGCAUGUUCAUAAAGUCGGAAUUAUUCAUCGGGAUUUGAAACCUGAGAACAUUUUCAUGGACAAUGACAACAACCCUAGGAUUGGGGAUUUUGGCCUAGCAACAAGCGGGACUUUCGCUUCUGUGAUGCGCCUCUCAGAUACGGCACAGAUAGCGGAUUCUGACACUCGUAAUAUCGGUACUACGUUCUAUGUUGCACCUGAAUUGAGCUCUAACUCGAAAGGUUCAAAAGUGGACAUGUACUCGUUGGGAAUCAUUUUCUUCGAGAUAUGCCAUCCGAGAAUGCUGGGCCAAGAGCGAGUGCUUGAACUGAACAAGAUCCGGCAGAAGGCUUACGUGCUCCCGCCAAUGUUCCAAGAGCCUGAAUAUUCGGUCCAAGGAGAUAUUAUCAAGAUGCUAUUGACCCACCGUCCGAGCGAGCGCCCAUCUGCAGCAGAGCUCUUCCGAAGCGGCAAGAUUCCAGAGCCAGUCGAAGAUGAGAAGCUUCGGAAGUUUGUGGCAGGCAUGGCCGAGUCUGGUUCGUCAGAGUAUCACAAGCUUGUGUCAUCGUUAUUCGCACAAAAGCCGAAUCGAGUACAGGAGUUUGCAUGGCAUAGACAGAUCCGUACUCCGCCCGCUGUUGAUCAGCUCUUGAUGGCUAAUAUGGUGCGAGAAAGGCUGGCCUCAAUAUUUCGCAGGCAUGGUGCCGUUGAGGUCAAACGAAAGUUACUCUUCCCACGCUCCGAACACUACAAGACAGCAGCCAGCUUCCUAGACACCAAUGGAAAACCGCUCCAACUGGCUUAUGAUCUUACGCUCCCCAACGCUCUUGCACUCUCCCACGCACAUGCGCCAUUUGAAAAGAUCUUCACUUUCGGUAACGUUUAUAGGGAGUCACUGCUUGGUGGAGAACCAAAAGAGAUUGGAGAGAUUGAUUUCGAUAUCAUCUCUUACACAACGAGUGACUUGGCCCUUAAAGAAGCCGAAGCCAUCAAAGUUCUUGAUGAGAUCAUUCAGGGAUGUCCACCUCUGCAGUCGUCAAUGCUCUGCUUUCACCUGAACCACUCCGAUCUGCUCAAUCUCGUUUUGGAUUUUUGUAAAAUUAAAUCCGACCAGGAAAUUGGUGUUAAGGAGGCGCUUUCGCGGCUGAACACCGCCAAUUGGACUUUGGAGACGAUUCGCAAUGAACUGCAGGCUUCUACAAACAUAUCCUCAGCAUCUCUGGAGGAUCUGAUGCGCUUCAAUAUUCGGGGGGAGUUGGAUACUGUGCGCCGGAAGAUCGAAGCAAUAUUCGGCAACUCAGAUUAUUUGGACCGCCUCGGCUCCAUCUUCACCCGCAUUGAGACCGUGGUCACCUACCUUCAUCGUUUCCAAAUAAAGACAAAGAUAUUUAUACAUCCUUUGAGCAGCUACAAUGAGAAAUUCUACCGAGGAAGCAUUCUUUUCCAAUGUCUAUUGGAAGGGAAGCGGAAGUCGCUACUGGCAGUUGGGGGCCGUUACGAUGCUCUCAUUGCAGAACAUGCCCUCCCCACUUCGGUUGAGAAGCCACGUGCAGUCGGGUUUCAUUUACCCUGGGACGAACUGAACAGUCUCAUGGCCCCAGACCAGAAGCGUACCAGCAAGAAGUUCCUCAAAGCUGAAGCCAGUGAGAACAGUUCCAGUUGGCGUCCCAGCCGCUGUGACGUUCUGGUCACCAGCUUUGACCCUAGCAUUCUCCGCACAACUGGCAUUGAGCUUGUGCAGCAACUAUGGGCCAAUGGCAUCAGUGCGGAGCUCUCGAGGGACUUCUCUUCUAUGGAAGAGCUCAUGAUCUCGUACAGAGGUGAUCACCAUGGAUGGGUCGUACUUGUGCGUCAUGACAGCAAUUCUGUUGGAGAACGAGCGCUGAAAAUUCGCAACAUCGCGAAAAAGGAAGAUACAGAGGUCAAUGUGAACGAGGUUGCUGCUUGGUUGGUCGCUGAGAUACGAGAAAGGGACUAUCGUGAAGGACAGAUAGUUGCAACUGUGCCACGACUACGUCGAGGUACCAGCCAUGGUGAGACCCUCAGCGACAGCCGGGAGCCUGACGUCCGCAUCCUUGCCACUCAACACAAGGGCAAGAAGCAGAACCGCCAUGCCAUUGUCGACGCGGCAGCUUCUCGCACACGCGAAUUGACCGACUCCUUUCUCGCAGAUGCACCAAUUGCAGCAAUUGAAACAUCGGACGAAAUCUUGGAAAGCAUACGUGAUACUCGACUCAACGAUCCAGACAGCUGGCGUACAAUGAUUCAGGGCGCGCCGAUCCAAGAACGUAAAUACCUGCAGCAAGUGUUCGACCUCCUUUGUCAAAUGGCAGAGACUGGGAAGAAGGGUGCGUUUGUCUUCAACCACCGAACUAGAGGGUGUAUUUACUAUGAUUUCGGAGUGCACCGAUAG